AUGGCAUUUAUCUCGCUGCUUUCAAGUUGUCCGUACCUGUGCACUGCAGCAACAUCGGCCAUCGUGCAUAUUGCUAACCUCCAUCACUGUCCAUCCGUGCAACGCUCUGGCGGCUGGCUGCUUCACGAUCCUCCCUCCCUCGCUCCUCGCUCCUUGCUUCCUCACUUUGCCCCAGCUCCCAGACAGAGCAACGACCACCGACCGCCUCACUCUCCCUCCUCCAAUCAUCAAUUGCAUCGUCCACCACACGACUCACGCCUCGUCAGCACCUUUUUAUCCACAAUAUGGGACGUCAACCCUACCUCGCCAAGCCAAGCGUCCUGGCUUCCCGCGGCACAGGCGGCACAGGCCACCAUGUCGCUCUCUUGUGGCCUUUGGCCACGCUCCAAGUCCCGUCAGUCUAGCUCCAAAGACAAGCGCGGCCGCAUGCGAACCAUGUCGAUUUUUGGCAACACUCAUGGCCAGGCAACCGGCGCGUUGCAUAAAAUGGUCAAAUUUACAGCCUUUGCCUCCCCCAAAGCCCCUCCGCUGGAAGGCCAGUUCCCGGCAGACAGCCGCACCGGCACCGUACAUCUGCCCGCCGAUAUUACCAGUGUUCUCAACGACGUUUACGACCAGCUGCGAGGCGACGACAAAUUCCUGUCUAGGAGUAAGUUUGAACACUUCUUGCGCCAUACCCAGGGCGAGAAAAGAGUGGCCUUGCCGGACAAAUCCUACACGGUCGGCGACUUCCAAGCGACAUGGUAUUUCAACUACUCAUGGGAUGCUGCUGCGCCGUUGCCUAAAAAGGACCUCACACGGCCAAUAACAGACUACUUCAUAAGUAGCAGCCACAAUACGUAUCUCGAAGGACAUCAAGUCCUCUCCAAGAGCUCACCCCAAGCCUACAAAAAUGGAGGUCGUUGUAUAGAAAUCGAUGUUUGGAACGGGGACUCAGCAACACCAAGGUCAAGUUCAAAGUCUCCCGCCAUCCACCAUGACCGCCACACAUCAUCUGCUUCAUUGACGCAUGCCUAUGACGAAUUUCGCGAAACUACGAGAAAAUACCUUGGCAGCACUUCACACUCGAGAAGCGUCAGCUGCAACAGUGCGACUCUAGUUGAAGAUUCACCUAAAUCGAGCAUCCACGCAUUUCCAGCUACCACAGAUAAAAACGAACUUUUACAUCUGCCACAUCCAUCUGCCACCAGAGGUCGCAGCCCUAUUGCCAAGGGAGAGCCAUGGGUUCGCCAUGGGCCCCUGUUGACCUACUACUGUGGCUUUCGCGAGGUUGCCGAGGCCAUCAGAGACACUGCCUUUGUCGCCAGUGACCUGCCCGUAAUCAUUAGUUACGAGAUGCAUGCCGAUCUGGACCAACAGGAAGUCAUGGUCAAGAUCAUGGAAGAAGUAUGGCAAGACAUGCUCCUCGUCGUCCCCCACGACGAGUGUGAUCCCCGCUCCCAAGUACCGCGACUCGAGCAACUGCGCGGCAAGAUCCUCGUCAAAGCAAAGAGAGCACACGAAAUAUCUUCACAGCCCGUUAUAUCCCUCUCUGCGCCUACAACACAGACGGAACUCGGCCAUGACACCGAGCUGUCACAGCAAGUCGCCAAGUUGGGCAAGUCAGUGUCUGCCUCUGCGGCAUGCACUCCGCUCCAUGACUCCAAUUCAAAAGUACUCAUCCAUGAAAAGCUCAAAAAUCUUGCCAUCUACACUCGAGGCGUGAAAUUUGAAGGCCUCGAUACCAAGCAAGCAAAGCAGCCCAAUCACAUCUUCUCCAUCAGUGAGGACGACAUUUUCGCACUCGACCAAAAACAGCACCGCGCUUUGUUCUUGCACAACAAAAGCUUCUUCAUGCGGAGCUAUCCGGAUGGCAUCAAGAGGGUCAAUAGUUCAAACUACAACCCCGCCUACUUUUGGCGCAAGGGAGUGCAAAUGGUCACGAUGAAUUGGCAAUACCCUGAUGAUGGCAUGAUGCUCAACUAUGGCAUGUUUGCUGACGAGAUGGGUUGGGCUCUCAAGCCGCCUGGCUACCGAAACUCUGAUACGUCGAGCCAGACACAGCACGAAGCGGCCACGGUGCACACGAUGGAUAUGACCUUGACCAUUUUCAAGGCGCAGCACAUACCUGUGAAGGGCCAUGGAGAGGAAGCUGAACACCACGGGUCUACCCUGCACACCUUUACCAGGGCCGAGAUUCGUACGGGACGGUUUAUUGAUUUCAAAAAGGACAGCACUCUCGCCGAUGACACCCAUGCCAAGAAGACUCAUGUCUAUAAAUCGGAUCACCCAUACUAUGGUCGAGCCGGCGAAACGCUGACAUUCAAAGAUAUCCCCAAUGUCGUCGAGGAGCUCAGCUUCCUGCUCAUCAAAAUCGACGAGGUAGGGGUCACGGGUGUGAUCAACUGGCCAACCCGGGCGUGGGCGUGCAUACGGCUCGAUCGUCUUCAGCCAGGCUAUCGUUUCAUACAAUUGAUGGACAUGACUGGUCAUGCUGUGCCAGAAGGCCGGCUGUUUGUCAAGGUCACCAAGAAGCUUCGAUGA